UGUAUUGUCACUGUUAGGUAACUGUUUGCUCACUGUUAGCUAACUGUUCUCUAAUUGUUAGCUAACGGGAGCAGUCGGUGAGUAAAUCAAGUGCACCAAUAAGUUUGUUGUCAUCACGUGUUGGGGAUUUUUCCGCGGGUUUUGAAGGCCUGAAGAACUGCUUAGCUAAAAGCAGGACUGUAUAGUGUUUAUGUUGCAGAUUUUCUGAGCACAGAAGCCUAAAUACGCGAAAUUGUAACGACUGAGAAAUGCCACCAAAGAAGAAAGCCAGAGUGAGUAAAAGAACUGCAGAUUCAGGCAAAGAUGACGGAACGGUGUCGUCGUCUGGCGGGAAGAGAAAAGCUGCAGCUUCUGCUGGAAAAAACGGAAAGAGCUCAGAGUCACCACAGUACAGUCACUGGCUGAUGAAGUCUGAGCCAGAGAGCCGCUUUGAGAACGGCAUCGAUGUGAAGUUUGGCAUCGAAGAUCUGAAGGCUCUGCCUGAUCAGACUGGCUGCUGGGAUGGCGUCCGCAAUUAUCAGGCUCGCAAUUUUAUGAGGCAGAUGAAAGAGGGGCAGCUGGCCUUCUUUUACCACAGCAACUGCAAGGAACCAGGAAUAGCAGGAGUCAUGAACAUUGUGAAGGAAUCCUACGUGGACCACACUCAGUUUGACAAAAAAGAUGUCCAUUAUGAUGCAACCAGCAAACCAGACAACCCAAAGUGGAGCAUGGUAGAUGUUCAGUAUCAAAGAAUGAUGAAGCGGUUUCUUCCUCUGUCGGAGCUUAAAAAGUACCACCUGCAGCAUCGCGCCACAGGAGGGCCUCUAAAGGACAUGGCGCUCUUCACAAGGGCCAGACUUUCUGUGCAACCCCUCACUGCUGAGGAGUUUGACUUUAUCCUGAGUCUGGAGGACAAAGAAGCGCUGUGAGGAUUUACUUCCUGAUGCAGCGAAGCCAUCAAACAUCUAUGUAAAGUACCAUUAGCCCAAAGGUUAUGUGAAAUGUAACUGUGUUUUGUGUUAAAAAAAUAUUAAAUGUCUUUAUAUUAAAUUACGAUUUAGUUACAUU